CCGUGGCCCGUUCAGUGCGUUCGCCGGCAUUCGUACGGCGCGCGUCAUCAUCGGUCGGUCGUCGCCGUCUCGCUCCUCCGCCAAGCAGCAGACACGCGCGCACAUGCGCGGCGCCAGUGUUCGCGAGUUCGCACCGUUCCCUCGAGUUGGCGAAAAUCGUGUGCACCGAUCGCGUCCGACUUCCGCAAACCGUAUCGUGCGUCGCUCGUCGGUCGCCCGCUUUUCCUUACCAACCCGCGGCGAUCGCCAUGGCCAAUCGCAAGACGUCCGUCGUCCACCGUCCGGACCGUCCGUCGAGAUCGUCAUCCGACCGUCGCUGAUCCUGCGUUUCCGCACGCGAUUAUCAAUUGUUAUCCGUAGAUAAUAAUACAAUAGCCGCCGUAGAGUGUGGUUGAUAACAAUAAAUAAUACACACGCUUUACCAUUGCUGUGCUGUUGCUGCUGCUACACAUUUGUCAUGGGACUCCGCGGUACCACUAGAAUACCAACAUCCCCUUCGGCAAAAGAGGAUCGAGAUUCGAUGGUCAAAACCCGUGGAUCGCCGCAUAAAAUCAUGUAUUUGCAAAACGCGCCCAAAGACUGCAGGUGGAAAAACCUGUACAACAAUGAAGCUGGUAGUGACGUCAUAUUUUUGGUCGGAGAUCCCGAAUGUUGGAGGUUCCCUGCGCAUAUAAACGUGCUAUGUCAAUACCCUGUGUUUGACGCUAUGCUUCGUGAACCUUGGUCAAAAAAAGGCACCCCUAUUCACAUACCGGAUGAUGACCCUAGAGCGUUCGACAACCUAUUAAAGUUCAUGUACAAGAACACGGUGGAACUGAAAUCGGUGGUAACCGCGCUGGAGACGCUUAGGCUGGCCAACAAGUACAUGUGCGUGGACCUGGUGAACGAGUGCAUCGUUUAUCUGACGCGAAACCUGACGGUGGACACCGUGCUCAUGGUGUACCAGGCGGCCAGGCUGUACGGCGACCAGACGGCGCCGCGCCCCGAACAGCUUGCGACGUGCUCGCCGGUCGCGACCCGCGCCACGGCGCCGCCUCUGCAGGACCUUAUGCCUGUAGCCGCGGCGGACGACGCGCACGCCGAGGCGUUUGCCCGGAUGGUGCGGCACUACGACACGUUGCUGGGCCACUGCGGCGCAUUCAUCGACCGGAACGCCGACCGGGUGAUGACAGACGAGAGCGUUGACGAACUGGAUACGGUCGAGCUCCGGGAGCUGUUACGCCGCGACGGGCUGGCCGUCUCCAGCGAAAUGGUGCUGUUCACGACGUUGGAACGGUGGUGCACGCACAAGUGCAAGCAGCAGCACUUGGAGUUGACGGUGCCCAACCGGCGCGCGGUGCUAGACGACACGGUGUUGCUGUCGGUGCGGUACCUGCAGAUGACGGCCAACGAGUUCCUGUCGGGCCCAAUGCCCAGCGGCCUGCUCAACGCCCAAGAGACGGCGGUGCUGAUGAAGCACAUACUGAACCCCAAGCACCCGAAGUGGACGUGCCAACGGCUGACCAAGGAGACGCUCGAGUACAUGAGCACGCCGCGGACCAAGCGUAACCAGGCGGGCGGCGCGGGUCUGUCGUAUGUCAUCAAGCGGCGGUCGUCGUCGUUCAAGGGGUCGUGCGACCCGCACGACGGCGGCGACGAUGGCAGCCAAUCGUCCGAGUUCGACUCGCCCAAGCGUUCGCUAGGCUGCUCGGGCGGUGGUGGUGGCAAGAAGGGUAAGAAGAACGGUGGCAAGAAGAACAAGAAGAAGUGCACCAACAGCUGUUUCUGCAACUAUCUUGUGUACUGCUUGGACGUGUGUUUCGGCUGAAACCGGCCCUCCUGUCCUAUUCUCCUCUUCGAACGUAUGCCGCGCGUUCAUACGUCUAUAAACACAAUAUAAUAUAUUACAUGCAUAUAAUACGAUAGUAUAUUUAUAAUUUACUUCCGUUAGCUCUCAAAGUAAAAGGAGAACAAAAAAAAAAAAAAGAUCUCAAAAUAAUAUAAUGUUUCGCUUUUCAUAACAUGUACACUUAUAAUAUAUAUAUAUAUAUAUAAUAUUACGUCCAGAGUUCGUGGCAAGUCCCCUAAACCACCCUCUCUUCCUAUUGAGGCUACUCCGGCAAACCGUUUCGGACGAAUCCGACCAAUAUCUAGAACAAUAUUAAUCGCGUACAAUUAUAACGAUAUACGUAUGUUAUGUAUAUUUGUAUAUAAUGUAUGCAGAGUCUGACGAAUUUUUAAUUUUAUUACUCUCGCUUAUUACUUCAAUUUAUCGUACACGCUUAGGAUUUAUAAGUAAAUAUAUGUAUCCUGCUCUUGCUUUUCGACUCGUUUCGUACUUUCUCGAAUCGAUGUAAUUCACCGCUAUUUCAAUAAAAUGUCAUUGCGAAUAUUCGUGUUCGUGUGAUCAUUUAUACUGUCCGAUGUAACCGAUCCGAGUGAACGUGUCCACGAACAGUACGUAUUUAAAUCGUUUGCAAUAACAUUUUUGAAUCUCAAAAGUACUGUGGCAUACCGUUCGUUUU